CUGUGUUGUGUUUUGGUACUGUACGCAGCACUGUUUAAAAUUUUCCCGUUUUUAUCGCCACUCGACAAUUUAAAAGUAGAUUAUAAGCGAGCAUUUCGGGAAUAGAGGGGGAAAUGGAGGAUGACGCUCCUGUCAUUUAUGGUCUCGAAUUUCAGGCUCGAGCACUGACAGCCCAGACAGCUGAGACUGAUGCCAUACGUUUCCUUGUGGGCACUCAGUCACUUAAAUUCGACAACCAGAUCCACAUCAUUGACUUUGAUGAUGAGAAUAACAUCAUUAAUAAGAAUGUCCUUCUGCACCAAGCUGGGGAGAUAUGGCACAUUGGCGCCAGUCCUGCAGAUAAGGCUGUGCUCACCACCUGCUAUAACAAAACCAGUGACAGUAGGGUGGUUUCUUGUGCAGCGGUGUGGCGGAUGCCCUCUGAUUGGGAAACAGGAAGUCAUGAGUCACCUGACGACUCCGCCCACAACCCCCAGACCCUGGAGCUGCUCUGUCACCUAGACGACAACGCACACAGCAACGCCGCCUGUGUGCUGUGGGAGCCCAUGGGGGACGGAAAGCGUGUGAUUUCAUUGGCUGAUAACCACGCGCUGCUCUGGGACCUGCAGGAGAGCUCCACACAGGCCACAGUCUCCAGCACAGCCACCCUGGAGGGCAAAGGUCAGCUGAAGUUCACCUCAGGGAAGUGGAGCCCGCAUCACAACUGCAGCCAGCUCGCUACAGCCAACGACACGGCCAUACGAGGGUGGGACCUUCGCACCAUGAGUCAGAUCUACAGCAUCGAGAACGCCCAUGGCCAGCUGGUCCGCGACCUGGACUUCAACCCCAACCGGCAGUACUACCUGGCCAGCUGUGGAGACGACUGCAAGGUCAAGUUCUGGGACGUCCGCAAUGUCCAGGAGCCUGUCAAGACCCUGGAGGAGCACUCGCAUUGGGUGUGGAGCGUCCGCUACAACCACAGCCAUGACCAGCUGGUGUUGACAGCCAGCAGUGACAGCCGCCUCAUCCUCUCCAAUAUGGUGUCCAUCUCCUCAGAGCCGUUUGGACACUUAGUGGAUGACGAAGAGCUCAGUGAGGGGGAGGACAACCACCAGGACGAGAAGGGUAAGGAGCCUCUCAAAGACAGUGUGGUGUCCACCUACGAGGAGCAUGAGGACAGCGUGUACGCAGCUGAGUGGUCCUCGGCUGAUCCCUGGCUCUUCGCCUCACUCAGCUACGACGGUCGCCUCGUCAUCAACAGAGUCCCACGGGCUCUCAAAUACCGCAUCCUGCUCUGAGAGUGUGGACAGCAAGAGUGUGAGAGAAAAAGUAGCACAACUGUGUGCAUUAUGUGCUUCGAAGAGCCUCUAAUAGACAUUCCAGAUACAGAGAGGGUGUUCUGAAAACUGCAUGUGAAGACAGCAAUGGCAGCCAGAGUGUGUUGUAUAUAAACUGUAGUUCAUGUUUGUUCCAAACACACAUCACUGUUAACAAUGAAACUGCUAAAUAUUUCAAUUAAAGUAUAAAAAAUCUUUAUAAA